GGGAAGUUGAACGGGUGGGAAAAUCAUAACAAGCGACAAACUGCGCGAAGUAAGACAGCUAACUUUUCUUGCGAUCGUUUUGACACUCAUACACUUGGAAACAAAUCUACUUCGCCAUCGUACUAUUACAGCCACCUGUCAAGCUAAAAUGUACUUGCUAGUAUUCGUUUUUUGCGAGCAUUAUUGAGCUGGAUAUAGCUAGCUAAACGCCUCACUUGUUUUGGCUAGGAAGGAUGGGAGACAGGACCCUGCUGCGGGAAGUUAAGCGGUGGGCGGUUGAAGAAUUUAAUCUACCAGCCCAAAGUCUCCCAAACGACAACUACUUUAAAACGUGCGUAACGUCAUUCAUAAAUGUCCUAUUUAACGUACAUGCACCUUUCUUUGGCCUUGUUGAACUAUUCCUUUUUGUCUUGGUAGCAAUUCUAACUACAGUCUUGCAUAAUGCAUAUCGGCAGUUGCAGACUAAUUAAAACGAAUUUGUCCCAACAUUGAGUUAACCCAAGUAACGUUAAGUAUAUUGAUGUUUGUUUUGAUUCAGGUUAUGUGUUGGCCCAGGUGCCUCUAUAUGGAGAUAUGUCACACAACAUAUUUUCAAUCAGAGGUGGGUAUGCAGACUUAUUUUGUUGUACUUCCUAGUGUUUCUAUCAAUUAUGUGUAGUAGCUAGGUCAACUAUUGUCGUUUUGUCCUAAUACGUUUGUUCUUCCAAUAUCUUCGUAUAAUUCCUUUCUCAUUGCAGGAAUGUAAGGGUUAUGCGUGGAAAUCUCCAAUGGUAUCCUUUAUUUUUGGUGUCUUUGAGUUAUCUACAACUGGGGUCAUUUCAUUGUCUCUUGAUAGGAUAACUGCCUAAUUUCUCUGACACGAAUAUGACACACAGGUUUUGUUGUAUGUACAGUUGUACAAGCCUUGACAUUGAUCUCUCAGGUACAAAGUUCUGCAAGAUAAGGAGGUACAACCAUAUUUCUCUAAACAAAUGUCUAGAUAGUUUGAUAUAGUCUUAAAAAUGUGAUACUGUAGCUAUGUGUUAGCAUUAUGUUUUCUGUGCGCUCAUUCUUUCUUUUACAUUAUUGUAUGUAUUUGUUUGCAGUUGAAACAGGUAGUGGGGCAGAGUGAUGCUGCUAAGCGGUUUGAGCUUCAGGAGCAGAUAGAGGAGCUGAAAGCAGAACUAAACCACCUGGACUCUCAAAUCAAUGGGACUGAAGCACAGCUAGUUACUGAGGGUGAGCAUUUUACCAAAUAUAUCAUUUCUUUCCACAUACCACAUCCUAAAAUGUGCUAGGUCUGUAUAUGUUGAUGUCCUCUUUCGCCUUGACGUGUUGUACUCUGUCAUCUCUUUGUAUUGAGUAGAGGAGUCCAUUAACCGGAGCUGGGAGAUGGUGGAGGAGAACCAACGCAGGGAGCUCCUUUUACAGGCUUUUAAGCAGCGCUGCAUGAAGGAGCGACACUCUCUCUCAGAGGAUACCUGCAAGAUCAUUGGGCACUACCAGGUUCUGGAGCAGCUCUCUAGGUGUGCUUGCUAGAGCCUCUGCCGUUCACCAUUACCAUUUCUUACCACACUUCCACAUGCAUUUGACGCCUCAAGCCAAGCCCAAAUCCAUUCUUUACUUUUGGUGUGUUUUGCAGGAAGGCAGAGGUGGAGGUGGUGUUUGGAAAUCAAACCUCCAAUAGCAGUGGGGACCAUCUCAACUCAACAGGAGCAGAGCCUCAGGUUCUGGUAAGUGCUUUUACUAUAUUCUGUUAGUUAUAUGAUAGUCUUUGAAGUGAUGGUUUUGCAUUUUACUGGUCUUGUUUGUUUUCCCCCUUAGCGUAACGUCAGAGAGCUGUGUGAUGAAAGACUCCACUUCUUCCAGUCUUUACAAGAGAGUGAACUGAAGAUUACAUCAUCCACUGGCACACAGUAAGAAUUAUCAGAUGGUUUUAUAUUGGAAACGGAGUCAUCUAUGAGAUACUUCUAUUGCUAAAUCAUCAUUGUCUCUCUCUCUUCAGCUUGACAUGUGAACAGAGAACUGCAGUAUUUCAGCAUUGGUUAAGUGCUGUGGAGGUAAGUUGCAUUGUUUGCACCUAGUUAGUUACAUCAUGGUCUAUUUCAUAUUUUCUUCAUUUGAGUGAGAAUCAUAUUGUUUUUUUUCCAUCUCAUCAGGACUUGUUACAAUGCUAUCCUCCAAACCAAGUGCUGUCAGCCUUGCAGUACCUGGCCUUGGGACAGGAAAUGACAUUGGAGGAGAUAAUUGCCUCUUUGGAUGUGGCUCGUGAUGUUGCUGCAUUACGGUAAAUGUUUUUUUUGUUUGUAUUUUACAUUUUUACAUUGACAUUUUAGUCAUUUAGCAGAUGCUCUUAUCCAGAGCAACUUACAGUUAGUGAAUGCAUACAUGUUUUUUUUGUUGUUUUCAUACUGGCCCCCCGUGGGAAACGAACCCACAUCCCUGCCGGCCAAACCCUCCCCUACCUUGGACGACGCUGGACCAAUUGUGCGCCGCCCAAGUCUCCCAGUAGCGGCAGAGCCUGGACUCAAACCAGGAUCUCUAGUGGCACAGCGCCUUAGACCACUGCGCCACUCGGAAGUUACCCCCUUUAUCUCCACAAUUUCGAUCUUGUCUCAUCACUGCAACAGGCUCGGGAGGCGAAGGUCGAGUCAUGCGUCCUCCGAAACAUGACCCUCCAAACCGCGCUUCUUAACACCCGCCCGCUUAACCCAGAAGCCAGCAGCACCAAUGUGUCGGAGGAAACACUGUUCAACUGACGACCGAGGUCAGCCUGCAGGUGCCCGGGCCCGCCACAAGGAGUCGCUAGAGCGCGAUGAGCCAAAUUAAGCCCCCCCGGCCAAACCCUCCCCUAACCCGGACUACGCUGGGCCAAUUGUGCGCCACCCAAUGGGACUCCCGAUCACGGCCGGUGGUGGUACAGCCCGGGAUCGAACCCGGGUCUGUAGUUACGCCUCUAGCACUGCGAUGCAGUGCCUUAGACCGCUGCACCACUCGGAAGGCUGGUAAAUGGUUAAAUUGAUAAGGAAGUUAGCUGGACAAAAAGAACUGCAUGGAUUUGAAUUAUAGGGGCAAAUGUAUCUGUUUUUAUUUUAGGUUUCGCUACGAGAGUAAUCACAUGCUCGACAUCUCAAAAGAAGAGGAAGAGCUACCACCCGUUAAGAGUCUUUUACAGGUGCUUUACACAUGUUUCAGUUUACACUAAAACACCAACAUGGGGCCAAGACACUGCAUAGGCUGGAACAGUAAUAUCUGUGUCUGAUCUGCAGUCAGCCUGGGAGGAGGUAGAACAAAGUCUGAUGGAACUGGCUCAGACGCGGUCACGAAUUCAACAGCUCAAGACCCAGCUUCAUGCCCGAAAGAAAGAAGCACAGUUGGAGCUGAUUGGUGGGGAAUCUCAAACUGAAGCCUUGUCACGGUAAGUCUGCACUACAGAUUGGCUUCUUCCACAACAUUUCCAUAACAUAAAUGAACAUGCUCAGCCUCUAAAGUAGUCAUGUCAAUUCAUCAAAAUACUCUAGUUUGUUGUCUGUAUCUGUUGUUUGUGAUGCUCUCUACUCUUUCCCAGUUUAAAACCUAUUUUCUCCCAUGUUUCCAUCCUUCCCAGGUCAGUGUUUAAGCUGGAGAUGCAUUGUGUGAUUCAGGCAGCAGUGCGAGCUGGUGUGCAGGACCAGUGUGUUCAAAUGGAGCAGCAUGCCAGAGACCGACAGGAGGCCCUGCGCAACCUGCGGAGCCAAUGGCAAAGCAUCAUGGACUUCAGACAGCUUGGGGUAAGGAAACCUGCCAUCAUUCAAAAAAAUGUGCAGUCUCUUUUUACUUUUGUGUCUUCCACACACACCACAGCAUUUCACCACUUGCCACACAUUUACCUAAAUAAGUGUGACACACUUUUGUCAUGUUUUUAUUUAUAGGAUGUCAGGCAGGAACAGAUAAGAGGUCUGAUCAAGGGGAACUCGACAGCUAAGACUGAACUGACUCGCGUGCACAAGGAGGUAGGCCCAUUCUAUGCUGCUGUGUACUGUAAUGCAGACUGUGUAAACAGUGGCCAUCUAACUUGACCUUUUCUUCUCUCCUGUCCGACCUAAGAUUGGACAGUUUGUCCAGGGAAGGCUGGCUCCCCAGUUUGCUGAAGUUCUUUCGGCAGCCAAUGGGCUUCGCAACUCUGUGUCCCAGGAGGCCAGACAGUUUGGAAAUGUGUCACUAUUGACACUUGACCGCAGGAUCAUUGAAGGGUAAGAGCUUCCUAUUUGUUGGUGUUUGAUGGGUAGUUGAGUUAUCCUUCUAAUCAUUAUUUGGUCUGGAUGAGAAAAAAUGCUCAAAGGGACAUUUUUCAGAUGGUUAAGUUUUGUCAACUGCUAUAUAUUUCAGCGAGCAGAGAAUUCCAGCAGCGUGGUUGUCUAUACAUCGCUUGCAUUCCUUGCCCUUCCACAAUCUGUGUCAAAGCCUGGCUUUCCCAAUGUAUAGGGUGAGUCCCAGCAGAUUAUUCCAUGACCAUUUAUGCACCUAGUGGUUUGCUUCUUGCUCUUAUCCUCUUGUUUAAUUACGUGUUGUCUAUUUUGUCCCUCUUUAUGAUUCUCUGCCAGGCCCCUGAGGAACUGUACACCCAAGCGCUAUCCCAGCAUCUGGAGCUUCGCUUUCUGCGUCGUUUGCUGCAAUUGCACUCCUCCUCUUUAGCAAAUGUAGAGAAGCAUGGAGCGCAGCUACCUGCACCUGACCAACAAGGUACAGAUCUUCUAUAGCGUUCAUAAGAUGCCAAUCAAACCGUAUCACUCCUCUUUACCUGGUUAACCAAAGGCAGAUUAUGCCAUGUUACAUGUUUGAUAUCUUUAUCUCUCAUUCAUCUCCCUUUUAUGUAUUCCUCCUUAGCCCUCCUGCUACGUGUACUGGAGGAAGACAAGGACCUGCUUAAGUCUUUGUUGCCCAGGGUUCGGGAGCUUACCCAGCGCUGCUCACAGGGCCUUUCGAAUGGGAAUCAGGUCAAGACUGCCAUUUCCCAUUGGUAAGUGCUACCAUCAACACUUUCUCCCAUAUAGCUCUCUUACUCGUAUUGAACCUCCAUAUUAUUCACCAGCUAGACUAUUGACAAUUCACUUUUCUCUUCUGUUUUCUUUCUGUGCAGGUGGGAUCAGCCUGCUCAGUUUGCUCUGCCUGACAUACGUAAGGGGGGACUGACUUUUCAGCAGUGGCUACAGAGGUGGAAAUUUGCAGCUAAGGCUUCUUGAUGAGCUCCCUAGAAAAUAAAGACAAAACUGAAGUGCAUAGAUACCCAGCAAACGGGACGUCCUAAGGAUGUCCAGGGGACCAUGAAACAACCUCCUGACGUUCCGGUGACGUCCUAACGACUCAUUUAUGUUCGCAGGGUAUGCACCAAGGUUAAUUUUAGAGAACAAUACGGUUCUUUGUAGUACUAAAACUACAAUUUUAUUUCCACUGACAUUAAUUUACAAUAUUGUUUGUUUCUCACAUCUCCUUUUUGCUAAACAUGCCAUUCAAUGU